AUGUCUUCCACUAUGAUUCGAGCAUACAAUAUGAAGGCCGUGGUGAUCCAUCAAUUCGUCUCGGACUACGAUGAAGUUGUUGUAUCUGAAGUUGAGCCCCCUAAACAGCAAGACAGUGUAAUUAUUCAAGUAAAAGCUGCCGGCGUCAACUUCGUCGACACCCUCUACGCCCGCGGAAAGCACCAGAAUAACCGCUCUCUCGUCCGGCCGCCCUUCACUCUAGGCCUCGAGUUCGCCGGGACGAUCCUCUCCGUUCCCGCAUCUGCACCGGCAGACUUCCCCUUCCGGGCCGGUGACCAUGUGUUCGGCGACGGCCUCGGCGCCUACAGCGAGCAGGUUGCCCUCUCUCUCACCGCAGCCAGCCAGUCGCUGCACCUCGUCCCGCCAACCUGGUCAUUCGCCGACGCCGCGGGGCUCGCAGCCACCCUGCCCGUGUCCUACGGUGCCCUCAUCGCUCAGGGAGGGCUGAAGCCCGGCGAGACGGUGCUGGUCCUCGGUGCUGCCGGCGGGCUGGGCGUCAUGGCAGUGCAGGUUGCCGCGACGCUGGGAUGUCGCGUGAUCGGCGUGGCGGCCGGCGCGGAGAAGUGCGCUGUGGUCAAGUCGUGCGGCGCCGAGGCCUGCGUCGAUUACUCGGUGCCGUCGAGCGCUGAGUGGUGGAUGGACGUGAAUACGUUGACGGACGGCUGCGGGGUUGAUGUCGUCUUUGACCCGAUCGGCAUGGUCGAGAAGAGCUUGAAAUGUCUUGCUCACCGCGGCCGGAUCCUGAUUGUGGGUUUCGCGGCACGAGAUGAGACGAGUCUUGAGAAGGUCCCAAUGAAUAGGGUGUUGUUGAAGCAGGCACAGUUGAUUGGCUAUCGAUAUGGAGAGAGCAGUCGUCGGUACCCCGAGGAGAAGGCCAAGCUCUGGAAGGAGCUGCAACCCUUCAUGAGAACCAUCCGUGCCACAAGAGCGUCAAGGCCCGUCGCAGGCCUUUCGUGCUCGCCUUUCAUGAGCCAUCAGAAGAUCGUGCUCGGCUUAGAUAGCGGUGACGUUGUCCCUGAGGUCCAACAAGUCUCAUCAUAA